AGUUGUAACCAUGGGAGGGCAGAGUGGGCAGCCCUGUUGGAUUGGGGGUUCUGGGGGAAUGGGGGCCCAGGAGAUGUGAUUAAGGGGAUUGGAGUCCCAGGGAAUGGAGGUCCCAGGGAAUGGGAGUCCUGGGAUGCAGGUCCUGGUUUGGCGAGCGGAGAGGCCACCGGAGCAGAUCCUGCCCAGAUCCUGCACCUUCCCACUCCAGCCCGAUCCGUGUCCACACAAACAGACCCACUGCAGGUGCAGGCAGGUGACCCCAGGGCUCAAAUGUCACAGAAAACAGCUCGGAAGGACUGAAAACAACCAAAAAAAAGUGAUUUAUAUGGAAACCGGAUCAGAGAUUUUCCCACAGACUCCAGUGGAUCCAUGAUGCCACUGCUCCAGAUCUUCCUCUUCUUGCUUGGCCUUGGAAUUCUGGGAAUUCCAGCCGUGGAAGUGCCAGGAAGUAGGCUCCUGGAUGCCCUCAACACUCCCAUCCGAAAGCGAGACCAGGGCCCCCCUUCCCACCUCAAGUGGGAGCCCUUCCAAGGCCGUCUUCCCCCCGACGCCGUCUCCAGCUGGAACCGCCAUACCGGGCGCCUGGAAUUCAUCUGUUCCACGAUGGAGCUCGGCUGCAAUUCCGGCUCCUACGAUCCCGUCAGGGGCCCCUAUUGCUACUUCCCAAACAGGGGACAGGAGAAGCACACCUCCAACUUCAACAUCUUGGUCAACGCCGGCGGCUUUGAGGCCUUGGAUUGGGUGGAUGAUUCCUUUGGCACCGUCCCAGAAAAUGCUGUGGAGAGUUGCCCAUCGGUCGACAUCUUCGUGGGGCGGAGCCGGGACGGACUGGGAAAGGUCUCCAAGGAGCACCGGGCGCUUUUCGUGGCACUGGGGGGGGAGGAGGUUUGGUACAAGUGGUAUCAAGUCUUGGUGGUCAAGACGGGCCCGUCCGACAUCUCCAUCGUGGACGUCGCCUACAACCUGAGCACGGCACUGGAACAUUCUGAGGACGUGGUCUUGGCCGAGGCUCCGGUGCAGAACGAAGGCUGUGGGGCAGCCCCAGGGUCCACCUUCUUGGAAGAGGCCACGGAGACGGAGCACACGUGGCGCUCAGAUCACCCCGCACUGGCCACCGUGCGCGGGACGCUCCAGGCGGCCCCGUUGGUCCUCACCGGGACGGGCUGGGCUGCGGCCAAUGUCACCUCCCUGCCGUGGGUGGGCGGGGCCAGCAUCGCUAAGUUCGUGUCCCACGGGCCCCACGAGGUGCGGGAGGAGGUGCCGGCGCGCUCGGAAUGCACCGCGGUGCUCCGGGGACGCCGGCGUGACCUCCAGGUGAUGUUCACCGCCCAGCUCCGCCGGGAAUUCCGUGAUGGAUUCCAGCACAGCGUGGGGGUCACUGGCUGGGCACAGACCCGGGUGGUCACUGGGGUCAGUGCCAGGAUUCAGCAAUGCCGGGAACUCACCAGGGUCCCACCAUGUCCCGCAUAGGGAGGGACCUAUGCUGGACUUUGGGCUGGAUCCCAAAAUUCCUCCCCAAAGAUUUUUCCUGGUAUUUUUCCCCUAAAUAAUCCCACAAAAUGCAAUAGCAGCAACUUGGGAUGCAGGGCAAUGCUUGGAUUUGGUGGGUUUUCCCAUAUUUUUGCUUUUUGUGGCAUGACCUUUAUCCCUUUCUGAAACCACAUGGCAAAACUGUGCAAAAACAUGGCAUUUUCUGACUGAA